CAGAUGCACGUUUUCCUCUUUCUGCUCGCCUUUUGCGUGAAGCAAUUGGUUGCUGUCGAGCUUGUUGUCGAUCUCGGGUAUGCCAAGUAUCGCGGAUUGGACUUUGACAAUGGCGUUACCCGGUGGGCGGGCAUGCGGUAUGCACGAAGCCCAUCCAGAUUGGACGGUCUGCGCUUCACAGCACCUCAAGACCCUCUCACGGACAAUGGCGACAUAACCAGUGCAACUGAGUUUGGCCCUCUCUGCAUCGGAACAAAUAACCCGGUACUAUACGAAGUUGGCGGAAAGUGGUCCGAAGACUGUCUGUUCGCCAAUGUUUUUGCGCCCACCAAUGCAACCACCAAGAGCAAGUUGCCUGUUUAUGUUUUUAUCCAGGGUGGCGGUUUCAACAACAAUGGUAACGCAAACUUCAACGGAACUGAUCUAGUUCGCGCCUCGGGGAAACGGAUCGUGGUAGUCAAUUUCAACUACCGCGUUGGACCCUAUGGUUUCCUCGCCAGUCAAGAGAUUGUGGCUAACAAGACCCUGAGUCUGAACAAUGGUUUGAAAGACCAACGCCAGCUCUUGAAGUGGGUAAACAAGCACAUCGAUCAGUUUGGAGGCGAUCCCGGACAUGUCACCCUCGGCGGUGCCAGCGCAGGCGCAGGUUCUGUCGUCUUCCAGCUUACAGCCUAUGGUGGACGUGACGACAAGCUGUUCCAAGCUGCAACGAUCGAGUCUCCAGCAACGCCCCCGCUGCGCAACGUAACCGAAAGCCAGUUCCAAUACAAUGCGCUUCUCAAGCAGACUGGCUGCAAGAAUCUGCAAUGCCUAACAACCAUGAACGUCGUCGACUUCCAAAACGCAGUCCGCAGUAUGAACAUACCUUUUCCGGGAGCGAAGAACCCUCCAAUCUACCCGUUCAACCCUACGAUAGAUUACGACUUCGUGCAGGACUAUACGUACAACGAGUUCAAAAACGGUCACUUUGUAAGAGUGCCCACCAUUAUUGGGGACUCGACAAACGAGGGAUUGAUAUUCACGACAAAGUCCGUAUCUUCGCUGCAAAAGGCGUAUACGUUCGUCGCAGACCAGUUUGUCAACCUGGAUACUAAAGACCAAACGUCCAUCGAGGGCGUGUGGCAAGGCCCCUCGGAUGUCUCCAGCGACAGCCGCUGGCGCAACGUCGCCGCAGACAUCUACGGUCAUAUCCGGUACAUCUGCCCGGGCCUCAACUUCUCCUCCGCAUACGCAGACAGCGCUUCGGUGAGUACAUGGCAAUACCGUUGGAACGUCGGGCCAGCACUGCACGUCGGCGAAUUGGGUUCCAUUUGGUACAACGGGACGCAAGCCUCGCAGGUUUUCGUGCAGCAAUACUGGAUCUCGUUCAUCCGGUCGUACAACCCGAACAAGUAUACGACGAACUACUGGACUAGCGACGGAGCCAAAAUGACCAGCCCGAAGUGGGAGACAUUUGGCAAGACGGGCAACGGCAGGAGGCUAUUGUUCGAUGACACGAACGUGGUGAAGAUGGAGAACGUGACGGACAAGGAGGUGAAUAGGUGCAAUGUCCUCUCGGGCAUGGGACUGCAGCUCAGACAGUAAGUAUCCCCCCUUUCCUUGCUGAUGAGGAGGUAGCAAGGGGUGUUUAGCAGUUUUGGCGGACUGUGGAAUGCAGAUGCACACGUGCUGACUCAUUGCAGGGUGGCGGGCGCUGCCCCUCGG